AAUGUCCAACGAAGAAGAAAAGGUUGAGGGGCCCGAGGCAACUGAAGAAAAUUCGAAUGAAACAAAUUCGGAAAAGACUUCAUCCUCUGGCGAAAAAGAGGAGGGCUAUGACAAUAAAAUUAAAUCGGACAGUAGCAAACGUUUCGAUUUCUUGCUAAAGCAAACGGAGAUUUUCACACAUUUUAUGAGUAAUAGCAUCAAGAGUCCAACAAAGCCCAAAGGACGCCCGAAGAAAGCACCCAAGGAUAAGGAAAAAGAUGGUGGUUCUAAUGCAGAUCACCGCCAUCGCAAAACCGAACAGGAAGAAGAUGAAGAGCUGCUGGCUGAAGAUACCCAAAAACAAGAUAUUUUCCGUUUUGAAGCCUCGCCGGCCUAUAUUAAAUGUGGUGAACUGCGUGAUUAUCAAAUUCGUGGUCUUAACUGGAUGAUAUCGUUGCAUGAGAAUGGCAUCAAUGGCAUUCUGGCCGAUGAAAUGGGUUUGGGUAAAACUUUACAAACCAUUUCAUUGUUGGGCUAUUUGAAACAUUUCAAAAAUCAAGCGGGUCCCCACAUUGUCAUUGUACCCAAAUCAACAUUACAAAAUUGGGUUAAUGAAUUCCAAAAAUGGUGUCCCUCUUUGAGAGCUGUUUGCCUUAUUGGUGACCAGGAGGCACGUAAUACAUUUAUACGCGAUGUCCUGCUACCCGGCGAAUGGGACGUCUGUGUAACCUCCUACGAAAUGUGUAUUCGUGAAAAGUCGGUAUUUAAAAAAUUCAAUUGGCGUUAUAUGGUCAUCGAUGAGGCUCAUCGUAUUAAAAAUGAAAAGUCGAAACUUUCGGAAAUUUUAAGAGAAUUUAAGACAACAAAUCGUCUUCUGAUUACCGGUACACCAUUACAAAAUAAUCUCCAUGAAUUGUGGGCUCUAUUGAAUUUCUUGCUGCCUGAUGUUUUCAAUUCCUCCGAAGAUUUCGAUGAAUGGUUUAAUACCAAUUCAUGUUUGGGAGAUGAUGCUUUGGUCCAGAGAUUGCAUGCAGUGUUAAAACCUUUCUUGCUGCGUCGUUUGAAGUCAGAGGUAGAGAAACGUUUGAAACCGAAGAAAGAAAUCAAAAUCUUUGUGGGUCUAUCGAAAAUGCAAAGAGAAUGGUACACCAAGGUAUUGAUGAAGGAUAUUGAUAUUGUCAACGGGGCCGGUAAAGUGGAGAAAAUGCGUUUGCAAAAUAUUUUGAUGCAAUUGCGUAAAUGUACCAAUCACCCCUAUUUGUUUGAUGGUGCCGAACCUGGACCACCCUAUACCACUGAUACACAUUUGGUUUAUAAUUCAGGAAAAAUGGUUAUACUCGACAAGCUGUUGCCCAAAUUGCAAGCCCAAGGUUCCAGGGUAUUGAUUUUCUCACAAAUGACACGUAUGUUGGAUAUUUUGGAGGAUUAUUGUUUGUGGCGUAGCUAUCAAUACUGCCGCUUGGAUGGUCAGACACCCCAUGAGGAUCGUAAUCGUCAAAUUCAAGAAUACAAUGCCGAAAAUUCCAGCAAAUUUAUUUUCAUGUUGUCCACCCGUGCCGGUGGUUUGGGUAUUAAUUUAGCCACUGCCGAUGUUGUUAUUAUCUACGAUUCCGAUUGGAAUCCUCAAAUGGAUUUGCAGGCUAUGGAUCGUGCCCAUCGUAUUGGUCAAAAGAAGCAGGUGCGCGUGUUCCGUUUCAUUACCGAAAACACAGUGGAGGAGAAAAUCGUUGAGAGGGCGGAGAUAAAAUUGCGUUUGGAUAAAAUGGUUAUACAACAAGGACGUUUGACCAACAAUACGGGCAAUCAGUUGAACAAAGAUGAAAUGUUGAAUAUUAUUCGUUUCGGAGCCAAUCAUGUUUUCGCCUCAAAGGAUUCGGAAUUGACCGAUGAAGAUAUUGAUACGAUUUUGGAGAGAGGUGAAGCCAAAACAAUGGAGGAGAAAGCAAAAUACGAUUCGUUGGGUGAAAGCUCAUUGCGCACAUUCACCAUGGACACAAAUGCGGAAGGAGCCUCAUCAUCGGUAUAUCAAUUUGAGGGUGAAGAUUAUCGUGAGAAACAAAAAUUGAAUGCUUUGGGUAAUUGGAUUGAGCCACCGAAGCGUGAACGUAAAGCCAACUAUGCUGUGGAUGCCUAUUUCCGUGAGGCUUUGCGAGUAUCUGAACCCAAGGCGCCCAAGGCUCCACGUCCGCCCAAGCAACCUAUUGUGCAAGAUUUCCAAUUCUUUCCUCCACGUCUCUUUGAGAUACUCGAUCAGGAAAUAUAUUAUUUCCGUAAGACGGUGGGCUAUAAGGUUCCGAAAAAUCCGGAACUGGGUUCCGAAGCCACAAAGGUACAACGUGAAGAGCAGCGGAAAAUCGAUGAGGCUGAACCCUUAACCGAGGAGGAAUUGGCUGAAAAGGAGUACUUGCUGACAUUGGGUUUUACCAAUUGGAGUAAAAGGGAUUUUAAUCAAUUCAUUAAGGCCAAUGAGAAAUAUGGUCGUGAUGAUAUCGAAAACAUAGCCAAGGAUGUUGAGGGUAAAACACCGGAAGAGGUUAUUGAAUAUAAUGCGGCAUUUUGGGAGCGGUGUCAUGAACUGCAGGAUAUUGAGAGGAUAAUGGCACAAAUUGAAAGGGGUGAGGGUAAAAUUCAAAGGCGUCUCUCGAUUAAAAAGGCCUUGGAUCAGAAGAUGUCACGUUACCGUGCCCCUUUCCAUCAACUGCGUCUGCAGUAUGGCAAUAAUAAGGGUAAAAAUUAUACCGAAAUUGAGGAUCGGUUUUUGGUGUGCAUGCUACACAAAUUAGGUUUUGAUAAGGAAAAUGUCUAUGAAGAACUAAGAGCGGCAAUAAGAGCCUCACCACAAUUCCGUUUCAAUUGGUUUAUCAAAUCCCGUACCGCCUUGGAAUUGCAAAGGCGUUGCAAUACCCUUAUCACCCUAAUCGAACGUGAAAAUCUAGAAUUGGAGGAAAAAGAACGUCAAGAGAAAAAGAAAAAGGUUACCAAAAAUUCGAAUACAUCCGCCACAGCGCCACCGGCUAAGGCCAAUCAAAAACGCAAAUCUGAGGUGGUGGCCGCCGAGAAAAAUGCGAAGAAAAAGAAAAAGUAA